AUGAUUUCACCAGAAAGGGCACAUUUAAUUGCAUAUCCAAAAGAUGGUUUUGUUUCAUGUGAAAAUCGUCAAACAUUUACAAUUGAACAUAAUGAUAUUAAUUUUAAAAAAGUAAAUAUUUCAAAUGCAGAAGAAGACACAAAUAAUGAUUUACCUGUUGAUCCAAAUGUAUGGACAAUUACUCAAGUUGGAAAAUUUAUUCGACACUUAACAAAUGAUAUAGUUGCUCAAGUUUUUUUAGCAAGUAAUAUUGAUGGAAAAGCUUUUCUAUUAUUAACAAAAGAUGAUUUAUUGUAUGAUAUGAAAAUAAAAUUUGGUCCUGCAAAAAAUAUAUUAAACGAAAUAACAAAUUUACGUAAACGUGUACAAACAUUUUUUUGA